GUGAACAUGAUCGGAGCUAUGGGAUUUCACCAGGCACUGUUCCCUGGCAUUGUCCAUCGCACUGCCGAAGGAGAUACGGAAAACUAUCUGAUUAUCGGUCCCGGCCCCCCCGAUACUGCGCGGUGUCGUCAUCUUUUUCAACAAAAGCCGGCCGACCUGCGCCGUAUCCAGGCACGCCGCCAGGGAGGAUACCUAUCUCAGGAACGUGAAAACUUGACAGCGCUCCGUCCAGUUCCAGCUCCAAUUGCUGAUGCCUACAUCACUCAUAAGCUUAGAGCCAACUCCACCGGAAAACUCAAAACCAAGAAAACACAAUGAUUAGUAAACCCCACCAGACCAAAUCCACGACAAUACAAUUGAGGAAUACUAUGACUAUCAGUGUUUUGCCCAAGUUUCACUCUCGCGAUGUCGGGAAUGCCCUGAAUGACAGUUGCAUUGUUGUUGUUGUU